GAUUGUCCAUUGCCCUAGAGAGAGAAAGGAGAAAAAAUUUUAAAGUAGAAUUGGUUGAGAUUGCAAUCGGUUCGAAUCUGUUUUCGAUCUCAGUGAUCGGUGGGUUGAACUAUGGCUUUGAUUGAUGUUACCAAGUGUUGCCUCGAUUCAAUUACCCAAGGGUUCAAUCGCAAAUUUUCCCCUUUCGAAGAGGGAGAAGCCAUUUUAUCAUCUCUGUGAAGAGAUCCAAAAACCCAUCUCCAGGAUUUCCCAACUAGCAGAUGCAUUUCAUCUCCAGGGUUCCUUCAAAGAUUGGAUAUUUCUGACCAACUACUCUACUGGGACUGCUGCAUUUUUGAUAAU